AUGUCGUGGAAAGAGGAACUAGAAAAUUUGAAGAGAGAGAGAGCUGCUAGAAUCAUUCAGAAGGCCUGGAUAAAUUUCCUUAAUGUUUCUGUAUUUCAACAAUUUAAAAGUUUAAUUAAUUUAAGAAGACAAGGGGAACCACGUCAGAUAGUGAAAUACAUAAAUCCUGUAGAGGCAGAGUUUCUAGAUUCUGCUGCAGGCAUUCAAGUACGAUUCAGAUUAGGUGGUACUAAAUUUCCACCUGGUAUAUACUAUAAAAUUUUCACUCACAGACAUAUUGAAGAUCUAUGUGCUAAUAGCCCUAGAGAUUACACGAAACUUCCAGGAAAAUAUACUUCUCAUAUUAAAAGUGGUCAUCUUCAAGAAGAGGAUCAUAAAGGCUGGUAUCGUCGUAUAGAGAACAAUGGUUGGAGGCCUGUGUCUGAGAGAUUUUGGAUAUCCACUGAAAAUGAUAUAAUAGACAACAAUAAAGAAAGAGAAUUCCAUUUCUCUAAACUGAAGAGAAAGCAAGAUCUGGAAAAGAAAAGAAAAAUUAGAAAAAUAGAAUGGAUGAAGCAAAUGUACUAUGCAGGAUCCCUGAAGGCUAAUUCAACAAAUUAUAGGACUCUAAGUUUAAUUAACACUGCAACAAAAGGACUAAUAAAAGCUAUUGAAGAUGGAGGAAUUGAUUCUGUGAUGGAGUGGGAAGUGGAUGAAGUGUUGAACUGGACAAAUACGCUGAAUUUUGAUGACUUUCCCUUUUCAUCAAGUACAUGGAAUAAUACAUGAAGACUUUUCACAGGCAGGAAUGGGACCAUCAGAUGAUACUGCACAUGGGAAUACUGAUGUAAAACCAACUUCUCAUUCAUGAACACUUGAUUCCACAUAUGGAAUAUAACAUAUUUUCUUUUGAGCCAGAGUCCUUCAAAUCCACGACUGAUUUACCAGCCAGUAGAGUUUAUUCAGACUAGAGUGACUUCUAAAUUCUUGCCAGAGUAUAGUUCAUUUAAGCUAGGAAG